AUGAGAGAGUGGUGGCUCCACGUAGGAUUGAUGUGCAUCCCGCUGCUGGCCGUCUACCUGCACAUCCCACCGCCUCAGCUGUCACCUGCCCUCCUGAAGUGGCACAAUGCCGGCCGAGGCUUCACCUUUAGGGGGAAAGAAAUUUUCUACAGAGACUCGCAUGGUGCCUUAGGAAGCGCCGAUAUAGUCCUCCUCCUCCAUGGCUUUCCCACAUCCAGCUACGACUGGAACAAGAUUUGGGAGCCGCUAACUCAGCGCUUCAACCGGGUCAUAGCACUGGACUUCUUGGGCUUCGGAUUCAGCGACAAGCCUCGACCGCACAAGUACUCAAUCUUCGAGCAAGCCAGUGCGGUGGAGGCGCUGGUGGCCCAUUUGGGUCUGGCCAACCAGCGCAUCAACCUGCUGUCACAUGAUUACGGCGAUACAGUAGCCCUAGAGCUGCUAUACAGGAGUGACCUGAACCGCACGGGUCAUUUGACCAUCAACAGCCUUUGCCUCUCCAAUGGAGGUUUGUUCCCAGAAACCCACCACCCUCGCCUGCUGCAGAUGCUUCUCAAGGACUCAUCGUUUUUGGCUCCCGUCCUCAUGCGGCUCACGAACUACAUCAUCUUCCAGAAGGGGAUCGGCGAAGUCUUUGGACCGUACACUCAGCCGACAGACGCGGAGUUCUGGGACAUGUGGACCAGUUUACGCUAUAAUGAUGGCAACCUAGUUUUGGACAGUGUUCUCCAGUACAUCAACCAGAGGUUAAAGCACAGAGAAAGAUGGGUCGGCGCGCUCACUUCCACCUUCGUGCCACUGCACUUGAUAUACGGCCCGCUGGACCCGGUUAACCCCCACCCACAAUUUGUCCGCCUUUACCAGAAGCUGGUACGGAGGUCGACGGUCAGCGUUUUGGACGAGCACAUAAGUCAUUACCCGCAGCUUGAAGACCCUACGGGCUUCCUCAACGCUUACUUUAACUUCAUUCACUCGUUUUGA